AAUUUAAAGAAAGAAAUUGACACUUUGAGAGAGUUAAUCCUGGCAACUAUAAAACGGUUACAGAAAGACAAAGACAGCGAGGAGCAGAACCAGCAAGAGGCUUCAGGAGCUCAAGAAGAUCUGCUGUACAAUGAAUGUAGCGACGCUACCUUAAAAAACACAUUUUCAUCCAUCAUUAAUGAUUUUACUGAACGUGAGAAUGCACUGAAAGAACAGCUUGUGGAUUGUAAAGAGAAAGUGAGCACCUUGAAGAACAUGUAUUCAUCCUUGACUGAUGAUUAUAUUCAUCAUGAAAGUCAGAUGAAGAGUGAAAAUGAGAAGCUUCAGAGAGAACUUGAGCAACACAAACUCAAAGAAAGAGAGUGGGAACAAAAACUCAAGGAAGUGGAGGACAGAUUAAGACUGGAGACAGAUUUGAGGAGAAGAGAGAAGGAACUAGAGUCCAAAGAGAGAGGAACGACAAAGAAAGAGCAAGAUAUCCAGACUACUGGAGAAGAGCAUCAUCUACACCGCAACGUAGAGCUAACUUCUCCUCGCUUAUCUCAAGAACAUCACAGAUCUCUAGAUGAAAGAGAAGGAGAGUUGAGCAAAGCUGAAGAUUCACGUGACAGUGAAUCACUUGAGUUUGGAAAACCUGUGAGACGCAACAGUAACCCAUUCGCACUACCUAAUAUGACUGAAAGUGAACAUGGACCUCUAGACACACUCUGAAUGAAGAGACUUCAACUGAUGAGCUUUCAGUUUCCAUUGAUUUCUCACUUCAUUUAAAAAAUAUUCAACAAAUGGAUCAAAAUGUCCAAGAGGUCAAAUAUCAAGAAUACAUGCAUGUGUGAAACACAACACAGAACACAAGCUGGAGGAAACAACAACUAUGAAAACAUGCUUAUUAAGAGAAAGAUGAAGAUGUCAUGUCAUUUUGAAACAUUUCAUCAUCUUUUACAUUGUUGUAUAUGUACAAGCAUUUAAGAAUAUUUAAAUCUGCUAUUUAUGUUUCUAUAGUGUUGAAGAGUCAAGGAGAAGCUCCAUAAUUAUUAUAAAUGCAUCUGCUUUAUGAGUAAAUGUUAUAAAUAAAAGUUCCUCAGAUGAUUAAACAGACUUCCUCAAAAGAGUAGUUGAUGCAGUUGGCAACUAAAAUGGGGGUGGGGGGGCAUAUGAUUCCCAGUCGCAUUGAUUUGUUAAAAACUGUCUUUUUACAGCAAUUACACCCAAAAAUAUCAAUGCUCAUAUUUAACCUUUGUGUUGUACAAGUGCUACUAAAAUCAUUAAAAUGACAGGUAGAGCUAGAUUCUGAUAUAAUACGUAAAUAUAUAGUUCUGUUUAAUAGCUGGCAAGACAAUCUUAAAAUACUGCAUAAUAAAGAAUAAGUAUUUAAGUCCUGGAAGGUUAAAAACUAUGUAAUGGAGUGUCGCCACCUGCUGGAAAAUAUGCUGUAUUAGUCUAAUGGUGUAAUAGCACCAUCUAGUGAAAACGAGUAGUAUUACACGCUGCAUAUUUAAAGGGAUAGUUCACCCUUUAAUGAAAGUUAUGUCAUCAUUUACUCACCUUCAUGGUACAAACCUGAGUUUCUUUUCCACUAAAGAACAAACAAAAAGAAAUUCAUUUUUGGAAAUAUUUUUUUUUUUUGGCUUCAAUGUUCUUUAUUUUGUUUCACUUCAUGGCUUCAUGGAGGGUGAAGUUAAUGACAUAGAAGUUUCAUUUUUGAGUGAACUACCCCUUUAACAAAAACAUUUUUUUUUUUUAAAUAAAGGUACUUUUAUUACAAAAUAACGACAUGCAUUAAAAAAACGACACUUUCUUAUUGUCCUCUUCUGUUCUGCAGUUUCGCUUCUCUAGUUGUGCAAUAUUCUGGCUUUUGUGGCACUGUUAAUAUUGUUGGCUCCUUUAGGAUAAAUGACUUCAGUUUUUCUUCAUUUCCAAGACUGGUUAGUCUGGUAAACAAAUGAAUGUCAAAUCUCAUGUUCUUAUUUUUGAGUCUCCACAAUCUGUAUGUUUUGUUGUCUCUUAAAGUGUAUUUAUCCAGUGGUUUGUCUGUUCCUCAUCUGCAAUGAAAGCUCAUUUUCAUUAAAGCACCUCAUCUAGUGGUCAACAUAGUGUGAAACCACUCUCAAGAAGAAUGAAAGAAUGAGUUAAAUAAACACUGAGCUGACAGAAAACAAGUCAAAUGAUGAUCAGUUACCAGGAAAAGUAAACCGCUUCAUCAAAACAGGAUCAAAUGACC